AUGCGCUUGGCUUGGAAAUUAGCGAAAGCAGAGAGUGAACUAGAAUCUGCUAGAAUUAAGUUAGAGAUUCAAGAGAAAGCGAAUAAGGCUGCUUUUGAUGGAAAGAAUGAAGAAUGGCACUUCGAAAAAUACAAGGGUUUGGAUGAUCUCUUAAAUGAGAUUGAAGGGAAUGGACCUGUUCCAUUAAGUCCCAAUACUAUUCGAAAGAACUGUGAUCGAAUGAUGGAUCAUGUCCGAGAAAAUGGUUGUCAGUUCGACAUUACAAACAAUAUGUUCGAUUUGGCAGAGAAUCAACUGCUAAAUACUAAAUUAGGUUCAGUAUGGAACGAUUGCACUAGAUCAGAUUUCCGAGGACAAGAAAAAGAAUUGAAGGUUUGGUUAUAUUUUAAUGCUGCUUUGAUUAUAGUCGAUUAUGGGCUCAUAUGCUAA